UAUCUAUAUCUAAGUGGAUUCAUCGAAGCAAAGGACACGCUACUAUUCAAAUGACGGAUAUUGUCAAAGAAAUUCGCAUGCCUUGCAUCUAAUUUCAUAAACAAAUCUCUCAAUUCUUCAGGAAAAUCCUGCUCAGGUAUAUUCAAUCCAACAACCUUACCAUGAUGGCAACAGUCAUUGAAUGAAUUACCUCUAGUCUUUUCUUCUGCAAAAUGCAAUGCACCACAGUGCAUGCACUCUACACUAAGAUCACUAAGCUUAUUCUCUUUAGCUAAAUCUAAACAACUCGCUUGGUACUUGCGUACAGCUUGUUGCGCUAAAUCUCUUCUAUACUUGCUUUGUCUUUUUCUCUUAUCACAUAGUCUAAGUUCUCUUUCUUGCUCAGAUUCAAGCGAUCUUUUGACCGCUUUCCUCUGUCUAUCUUUUUCAAGUCUAAGAUUUCUAAUAUUCUCGUCCUCAAGGGACCUCAGAGACUGCUGCCUCUCUCUAUCACAAACUAAUCUAAGAUUUCUAAGAUUCUUGUCCUCAAGGGACCUAAGAGACUGUUGCCUCUCUCUUUGACUAACUAAUCUACGAUUUCUAAGACUAUCACUCUCCGCAGCGCGGCUUUUCCUCUUCCUUUCGGCAGCAUUGGAGCAGCACGGUUCGUCAGGUUCCAUGGGCAAAAAGC